GAAGUUUUUUUUCCCUCUGGUUUGAAGCGUCCGUGCCAAAGAGAAGGCGUAGACUUCCUCCAAACAUUUCCUCCGCCAUCUCCGCUUACCACACAGGUUUUCUGGAAUCUUUAAAACGAGAAGUUUUUGUUUUUUCCCUCCUUUUCUCUCUUUUCUUGGAAACAGCGGAGGAAUUUCUUCCCACUGAAGCGUCGCGGUCAUGGACUGGGGAACAGACCUUUGGGACCAGUGUGAUGUCAUCGACAAACAUACACAGUCAGGCCUUGACCUGUUGGAGCGUUACAUAAAGUUUGUGAAGGAACGCACGGAAAUAGAACAGAACUACGCCAAGCAACUCAGGAAUCUAACAAGGAAGUAUGCCAAACGAGGGAGCAAGGAAGAGCAAGACUGCAAAUUCAGCAAUCAUGCAUCAUUCCAGGAGAUCCUGAAUGAGCUGAAUGACUAUGCUGGCCAACGGGAACUGAUUGCUGAAAACAUGAUGACAAGCAUUGGUGUGGAUCUCACCAAGUAUCUACAGGACCUCAAACAAGAGCGUAAAGCGCACCUCUCAGAUGCCAAGAAGGCCCAGCAGACCUUAGAGAGCAGCUUUAAACAGCUGGAAAGUACUAAGAAGCGCUUUGCAAAGGAGUGGGCGGAGGCAGAGAAAGCCACACAACAAGCAGAAAAAAUCGAAAGUGACACAAACGCCACCAAGAUGGAUGUCGAGAAAGCCAGGCAGCAUGCGCAUGCUCGUAUGCACACAGCGGAGGAGUGCAGGAACGACUAUGCAGCGCAGCUCCAGAAAUACAACAAGGAACAGAACUACUUCUACUUCACAGAGAUCCCACAGAUCUACAAUAAACUGCAGGACAUGGAUGAGCGCAGAAUCCGGCGGCUGGCGGGUGGCUACUGCCAGUUUUCGGGCAUUGAGAAGAAGGUGCAGCCAAUCAUCUCCAAGUGUUUAGAUGGAAUCUCUGCAGCCGGACAGAAAAUUAAUGAGAAACAGGACUCCAUAUUGCUCAUAGAGCAGCACAAAUCUGGUUUUGAGCGACCUGGAGACGUGGAGUUUGAAGACUAUUCGCAGGCAAUCAAAUCCGCAAGCUCCGACUCCAGCCUAAAUCCUCCACGAGUGCGCACUAAGCUCUGGCCUUUCACCAAGAAGCAUAAGACUUCACAGGCUGAAAAACAAAUGCCUCCUGCUGCAGAAGAUUUUUCACACCUUCCACCUGAGCAAAGGAAGAAGAGGUUGCAGGCGAAAAUUGAUGACCUCAGCAAAGAUCUGCAGAAGGAGCAGGACCAAAGUGAGGCUCUGGAGAAGAUGAAGGGUGUCUAUGAGCAGAAUCCACAGAUGGGAGACCCAUCCAGUCUGGAGCCACAGAUCAUAGAGACCUCCCAGAACAUUGGACGCCUGACAGAGGAGAUCGGCAAAUAUGAGACAUGGCUGUCGGAAGCAAUCGGAGGAGAGGAAUCAUCUAACACCUUCAACAAUAACACUCCUCACAGCAUCGCUGUGGUGAACCAGUCUCAGAACAUCUACACAGAGUUUGAUGACGAGUUUGACGUAGAAACCCCCAUUGGCCAGUGCACGGCGCUCUACACCUUUGAAGGCAACAGUGAGGGAACUAUUUCCAUAAUGGAGGGGGAGCUGCUGAACAUCAUGGAGGAGGAUAAAGGAGAUGGGUGGAUGAGGGUCCUUCGAGCCAAUGGAGAAGAGGGUUAUAUACCAUCGUCGUACGUCAAACUCGCCCAGUAACACACUGACACUAAGAACAUGUUUAGAGCCAAAGGUGGAGUCUGAUAUCGGAGCUAUUCUUUACGUCCUGUCAUACACUCCUCGUUUCUACUCCCCUGCUUUCCUACAGGAGCCAGUUAAAGGAUAACUCCAGGAUUCUACAACCUGCAGGGCCUUUGGUUUUAGAUUUUUCUUUACCUAAUCAUUUUAGUCAGGACAGACACCAAUUUGAUCAGCGCAGUAUUGAUGUGGAACAGCAACACUAUCACGGGCUACCUGGUUAAUUAAUGGAAUGGCAUGAAGCUAGCUUAAAAACUCAGUAAACUGCUUCUUGUCACUAAUGAACAGGCAAAAAUGUAAUUUGUAGUCUAUGGUAGCAUGGAAUCGGUCCUGACAGAGGUAAACAUCUGCAUGUGUCAGGAAACUUUUUAAAAUGACCAAUCAUACAAUUAGUUGCUUACCUUAGCCUCUCCAUCUUCCCCCAGUGUGUUUUCAUCCCAGUCUAAAAGAUGAACCUCAAAACAUCUUUAUAUUAAAAAAAAAAACGCAUGUAUGUUGUAAAUCUGGAGUUCUCCUUUAAUGAUUUUAGCUUAUUUCUUGAAUGUAUCGCUAAACUUCUGUAAUGUCACAUUGUAUCACAUACAAGCAGCCUGUUGCUAGCUUCUGUUAUGAUGGCGUAUUAGUCAUCCUUUCUUAACCACUGCCAUUUCAGUACCCUGCUGAAAUUUUACCGCUGGUUGCAGCCCCCUGCCAAAUCUAGCUCCUUGUGGGAUAAUGUGAGUUUUAUUUCAAUCAUAGUUGCGUGUAAUUUUAUUACUUAUAACUGGAUGAAAACCACUAUUCGUUGGUAGCGCACAAAAUGAAUAUCCUGCAAUGGAGAGUCCCCUUCGUUCAAUGUGAUAGCUUCUGUGUUAGCAAUGAUUCUAACAAGCUGCUUUGUGAAGUUUUAGUGACGUUUUUGACAGCAGAUUAGUCAGGUCCCUAAGUAGCUUGACUAUGACAACAUUUUUGUAAUUUUGCCUGUGAACACCACAGUAGUGUUGACUUUCAGCUUUAAUUCAAGGGGUUUAACAAACCUUUUUUUUUUUUAGGUAUUAUACUGAAUUGUAAUACAUAACCAUAAAUGAUAAUAAACUAAAUAUGGCUUUUGUUAAUAAAAGUUAGCAUUUUUCAGUUGUCUGUACACGUCACAUGGGAGUAGAUAUCUGACAAACUGGAAUGACCAUGAAAGAAAGGAGGAGGUGAAUGAGGAAAGCCACCAAGACUUUCAUGGUUGAUGUAAAUGAAGUGCAAAAGUUUACGUAUCCAUCCCCUGACAUGUCUAAAGAAAAACUGGCUGUAAAAGUGAUUUUGUAUGGACAGUAAUUUUAUGUUUUGCCCAAUUACUUAGUCUCUGAAAAUGGAUGGACUUUGUAUAAUGUCUGAUUCCUAAAUACUGCAAUAUUUUUGUUGAAUUCCCUUGACUGAAAUCUUAAAGUCGACACUACGAACUCAUUUACUGUGGUGGUACUCAGAAACUAUAAAAAAAAAAGAAGGGGGUGGAGGGGUGCUGUCCAAAUAUUUAUGGAUCCCAAUUUAAAUGUAAAAGACUUCUAAUUAAAAAAAAAAAGACUUAAUUAGCAAAGCAGCGUUACAUUGUCACACUGAGUCUUCAGUUGUCAUACAUUUUUUUGAAACUUUUUUUUUUUUUUUUAUGUUGGACUCUUCCAGUUCAGUUUUUACAGUUUGUUGUCUACCCGUGUUCACUUUCUGAACCUCAACACAUCCAAAUCUCACUUUUAUUGUCUGGACUUAAUCAUCUGAAGCACGGGCCUGAACAUAAUAUUGUCUUCUGUUUUCAGAGGUAGGAUGUGAGAGUUGUGAGAUUUGGAUUCUUGCUUCAUUCUGUCACAAGUGAAUGACUGUUCAAGUUUUUAUUUUAUUGUUUUUAAGCACUUUCGGUGUGUUAGUCUUAACAGUUCUGUCUUGGAGCCAUUUUACUUUUCUGUCUCUCUGCCGUUAAAGGAUAUUAUUUUGAUGCAUUAAAAAAAAGUUUGUAUUGACAAAUCAUU